AUGAUGAAACCACGGCCGUCGCGCAUCAGCGUCACGUUCCUUCGAGACUCCAGCAAAGAUGCUACCAGUAUACUAUGGGAGUGUGCAGGGGUGGAGCUGUGCCUGAAUCGGUGUCAAGGGCAGGUGAUUGUUAUGAGUGUCGACGCCUCCUUGUUAUCGACCAACCUUCAAGUGGGAGAUGUUCUAGAGACCAUCAACGGUCGGUCUUGUCAUAAUGUGGAAAUCACGGAUGUGUGGGCCAUGGUAGAUGGUUCCGCUCCCAUUAUCUUGGAAGAUAAUGAAGCUCCCGAGGAGGAGGGGGCUGCUACCCCUGAAAGUGCCUCGGACGAUGGUACUACUACCGAGUGUUCUACUCCUGCCACUGCCACUACUAGUACCGAUAUUCCCUUGGUGACGCUGACCUUCCAGUGUCCAGAGGGUUGCAGUGAUAUUCUAUGCGCCAUUUCCAUCCCUCCUGGCAAAGACAAAAAAGAUAUCGAUAGUCCUGAGCAAACCUAUGCUUUGGGGUUAACGCUCAUGGAGCUGGAACAACAACCACCGCUACGACGGCUUCGCAAAUCAGCCACCAAUAAAUCAGUGGCCAUUACAGAGCUAGAUGGAUGGACAGCACAAUCUGUAUUAUCCCUUGGGGAUACCAUCGUUUCCGUGAAUAAUACUCCCAUUACUGGCUGGUCUUUGGAUGCCGUUGUGGUCCUCAUCUCCAAGCAAAUUGCCGACCGAAACCCCAUUGCGAUACUGGCAAAACCCACCGACAACAACAACCAACGAGGCAACUGGGGUCAGAGAAUACGGCGUGCAUCCGUCAAGGUCGGUGGAGGAGUCAUGGUGGGCACGGGGGCUGUUCUCAUGGUGACACCCUUGCAUCCGGUAGGACACGCCUUGGCCAUUGGAGGUGUAGCUGUAUUGGGAGGUAUGCGACGAAGAGAAGGGAAACAAAAGGAGGAAGAUUCGAAAGAGGAAGUUGCAGCGGAUGAUGAUGUGACCACCAAAGACAGUGAUGAAGAGGGAGAAGACCCAUCGCAAGAAGAAGAAAAACAACCCACAUUAACGGCGGAGCAGGAAGAUCCCGCUCCAAUCCAUGACGAAACUCCACAAGACGCCAAUCAAGAGGAACCUGUUCUAGGAAUCGCCGUGGAGGCUGCAUGA